AUGGGCAAGCGCAAAAAGGCCACCAGAAAGCCAACCGGCCCUCGCAGGAACGAACCCCUCCCCUCAGUCUUCACCUGCCUCUUCUGCAACCACGAAAAGGCCGUCUCCGUCAAGGUCGACAAGAAAGCCGGCGUCGGCUCCCUCGACUGCAAGAUCUGCGGCCAGCACUUCCAGUGCGGCAUCAACUACCUCUCCGCCCCCGUCGACGUCUACGCCGAAUGGGUCGACGCAGCCGACGCCGUCGCCCAAGAAAACAGCGAGAAGGCAAAGGCCGCCGGCGCCGGCGGGCGAUCAAGUAAUAGCGGGGGGCGGGCAGCCCGACGAGUCGAGGCCGAUGACGACGAGGAUGGUUAUGGGGAUGUGAUACCGGAUGAUGAUGACUACGAGUGA